AUGAAGCUGCCAGCACGCUCGCUCAUCAAGAAGCUCGUACGCGCGCAUCUGCCACCGAACGUGCGUCUCUCCAAGUCCGCCGACCUUUACGUGUUGCUGGCGUUCUUGAUCUACAUGCAGCGUCUCGCCAACGAAUCCAGGCUCGCCCACCAGCAGGACGCAUCCAACGGCCUCAAGGGCUCAGCCACCAUAGCGAGGAGGCACAUCAACGGCGCAAGGAAACGCGUACGCGGCUGA